AUGAGCAAGCCACUCCUCGAGCUGAUGGCGGCCGUCGACGCCAGCCCUGUUGCCGCGGAGGACGACGGGGCUAACCUGGUAUCCCGACGCCGUGCGAGCUACGGCCGCAGCCGACAGACCGUGCCGGUGGUGGCACCGCAGACCCCGCCCGCGUCGUCGACGGAGACGGACGCCAGCUUCGAGUUCAGCGCCGUGAUCAGCAACAGCUCGGCGUCGCCCGCCAGCAUGGUGUUCUCGGACGGCCAGCUCCGGGCGCACCAGUUCCCCGCCGUGCGGUCACCGGCGGGCUGCAGCCGGGUCGCGUCGCCGGUGCUGGGCUCAUCCGUGGGUGGCACGACCGGGAGCAAGAAGCGUGUCAGCUUCGCGGCGGACGGCGUGGGGAAGACGGCGGCCAAGUCCGGCGGCGCGCAGAAGAAAGGCGGCGGCAUGCUCGGGUGCAUCGGGUCAGCGUGCGGGCUGUCCCGUGACGAAGUGGUGGAGCCGACCAUCAACGCUAAUCGUAAGGUUGUGUGUGUUUGA